AUGCCGCAGACGGACAUAGUGUCUUGGAACACUUAUCUCGCCAUUUGCAUGAAUUUUCGGAAAUUGGAGGAGGGUAAGUUCGUGUAUGAUAAUAUGCCGCAGAGAGAUGCAUCUUCUUGGUCUUCCAUGAUCACAGCAUAUGCCCAAGAAGGGUAUCUUGCAGAGGCGAGGGCGGUUUUUGAUUCACUGCCUUUCCAAUAUCCAGUAGGAAGGACGUCAAUCAUGGUUGGUUAUGCUCAAACUGGAAACCUUGAUGCCGCUUACAAGAUCUUCCAAGAGACACCACAGCGAGACCUGUUUGCAUGGAAUGCAAUGCUCGCAAUGUUUGCCCAAGACAGCGAGAAGCAAACCAAAACCAGAGGGAUGCUUGACGAGCUCAAACUCACCGACAAUCCAGACGAGUUCUGCUUCACGGCAGCGCUGGUUUCGUGCAGCCAUGGCGGGAAGGUUUCUCGAGCAAGGAGCUACUUGGCGUUGAUGAGCUGUGACUAUGGAGUGCCUCCAACCAAGCUCCACUACAGCUGCAUGGUGGAUCUCCUGGGACGGACUGGAUAUCUCCAAGACGCGCGCGAGCUCAUGGAAUCCAUGCCUUUCACCGCCGAGGCAUCGGAUUGGAUUGGCUUUGCGGGAGCUUGCAGCAGCCAUAGCUCCCGCUUCCGCGGAUCGAAGCUCGCGCUUGGGUUGGAUCCCAGCAACGCAACGGGGCACAUCCUCGUCUCGAACAUCCUGUGCAUGGGCUGA